CGCCUGUCCCUUGUAGCGCGGGAAAGAAAUCAAUAGAGGAAGGAGAGAGAGAUAGAGAGAGAGAGAGAGAGAGUGGCUGAACAUGGCGCGGCCCGACCGUGUGUGGUGCUGAGCUCACCCUCAGUUACAUUCAGCUCAGCGGGCCGUGCCACUUCUGCCCUCCACACAGGUGACCUUUUAAAUCCCCCCAGUGUAGUGCCACAGUGCCCCAAGAGUGCCCAUGAUACAGUGAGAACCAUCUGGUCAGUGCCCCCCCAACUCCCACCUCCAGCACCAUGAGAGAACAUAACCCAGUUUGAUACGCCAGCAGCCUCGCCUUUAUCUGUACGCUGGUGGACAUGAACACCACAGUGGGAGCGUGCCGGCAGUGGUGGAGCUGAGACUGUAAACAAGCGGGACGGCCCGCCCGCUGCCAAGACGUGACGCUGUAACCUUGCACAUGACACACCCCCAGCCCUCACACCCACACCUCCGCCAUGGCCACCACCACCGCCCCCAGCAGCUGCACCAGCAGCAGCAGCCGCGGCCACCCCCCGCCCGACAGCAUGGACUCCGCCAAACGACAUCUGUCAGACGCGGGACGGCAGCGGCUGUCUAGCUUCCCGUCCCGGCAGCGGCGGAUGGGCCCCGCGCCCCUCGCCUCAUUCGAGGACCUCAGCAUGGACAAGACCACGUCGGACUCCAGCCCUGAGGAACGGACUCAGCUUCCAGAAAUUGGUGAAGAGACAUCAGGGGCGACCACGCCCGUGACUCCCGUAGCAACGGCCGCUCUUAGCGUUCCCACUUCGCCCAGCAUUCGCGUUUCCGCGGCAUCAUCUUCCUCGCCUCACGAGACCGACUCCAAAGAGUCAACGCCAGAAAAAGAGCUCUUUUCAGGUUACGCUAAAUCUGAUUUCUGUGAAAACAUGGCUGCAGAUUUGCACUCGAGCACGGAGGAGUUGGAUGGGGACGAAGAAGAACAACAGCGGCGCAGAAGAGAGCGCGCAUGCAAGCUGGCGGAGUUGGAGAGACGGGAAGAAGUGUUGCGUGUUGCUGAGCUCAACCGUAAAGGCUCCUCUUCGUCAGUGAUCAGCGAUGGCCUCCUUCCCGUCACCAGUGGUCACUCGAGUAGACUGUCUUCUCUAGGCUCCAUAGGCUCUACGCGGCGCUCUCCUUCUCCUCAUCGCAUGCUUUUAGAAACUUCCUUUUGUGGUAGUCGCCCCAUCCAACAGCCUAGUAUUGAUUUUGAAGACCCGCCUGUUAGUACCACUAGAUUAAUGGACUUCGCAAUUGAGUCAAUAGAGCGAGUUAGAUCUCCAAUGGAAGCAAAGCCACCUGAUAUAUUUCGUACAUCUCCAUCCACGUUACCGCGACUCAAACAAGAGGAGGUGGUAGCAACAGUAGAGGUGCCUAUCACAAAAAUUGAGGUUUCUGGCAUCAGAUCAGCGCCGCCUUCCGUAAGAGUGGUGGCCACGACUGCCAAAAAGAAACCACCUCCGAUCGAGAUCGAGGUUAACGCCGAAGCGAAAAAACCCAUCACCACUGCCAUUCCUAAACCUCCAGAAGAGCAUAAAUCAACACAGCUACCUAAAUCUCCUUUACACAUUGAACAAACGCAACAGCUAGAACAGACCCAGCAACAACAGCGACAGCCGCUUUCCUCUCAGUCAUCUCCGCGGUCACCAAGGAUGCCCAAGAAAGUUGCUGUCCCUCAGGUGCCAGACUUGAAGGAUCUGCCUCGACCGUCGCCGACACCCUCUGCGGCUUCAUCGACUGCUGCUCCUGCCACGACACCGGAGUACCACCACGCUCGCUCCUUCUCUACAACUCCGUCGGCUUCACCCAGAGCAUCCAGGAGACGAAGAACGAGAGACGAAGUGGAAAGCGGCUCUUCAUCGCCGUCAGUAUCGAGAAAAAGCUCAUUUACAAAUCUGUUUCGUAAAUCUGACAGUAGCGUCUUGAGUCCUGUCACUCCGGACUCACCUGGCUCUAGUGGCCGUAAAAGUCCGUUCAGUCAGUUCAUCAGGUCUGCAAAGAAAGAGUUUCGGUCAAGAAGUCGAUCUCGAAGCCGUAGUAAAAGCCGCGAGAGAGAUCUUGAAGACGACACUCAUGACAGGAGAAGCGUCUUGUCUAUCUUUCGACCGAAGACUAAAAAGAAAACUGAAGCUGACAAAGGCAAACCCAGCGCAGACACUCGUGCAAUCCCUGCAGACAGUAAGCUUAGUGAGGCAAUCACCAAUGUUGAGUUCACCUUCAACGACGAUGGAAAAUAUCAGUCUUCGUCAUUUGGGUUGAUAAGACAAGAGAGUGAAGUCAACAAGGCGAUAAAGGAACCGCUGAAAGGAGUUCAAGUGUCAGCGGAACCGGAGACUCCCAAACCAGAAGCUCUUAUCAGCUCGAGGGAUAGCUCUUAUAAUGAACUUUCUUCUAUUAUGACAGGAGACAAUAAACCAAGUAGUGAUGCAAUCAUAGUAGAAGAAGCUAAAGAGAAUGGACUGCCAGAGAAAAGCGAAAUAAUAACAGACGAAUUAUUUGAAAAACCAUCCCAGACGUCUCCUCCUCCAUCUCUACCUCCUCCUUCUCCUCCUCCCCCUGAUAUUCCGCCUCCUCCAAGUAUCCCCAGUGAAGUUAAAGAAAAUGACGUCGAUGUUCCUGAAGGCGAUAAGCCGAACUUACCUCCCAAGCAGAAGGAUCGCACAAGUGAUGUUGAGUUGACACUGGAGGCCCCGGCGCAGGAUCAAAGUGUCGAUGGAGAUUCGCGAUCAGAAUCAGAACGCGAGUCAGAAAUUGAAUAUCUUAAGAGAAAAGCCAGUCAACAACAGGGAACUGAGGAGAGCCUGGAGUCCCCUGAUGUCGAGAAUAAGGGCCUCGUCUCCCAGGACUCUCUUGAAGAUGGUGAGCUUCCCUAUGUACCCACCACUCUGCCUAUGGAGCGCCCACUAGCUGCUCCUAUGAUACCUGUCAAAGAACGUGCAACAACAAUGCGUCAUACUCAAUCCAUAGAGAGACCUCGUAGCACUACGCCUUUAAUAACAGGGCGUCUAGAGGAGUAUAAACAAGUAGCUGGCACGCCAGAGGGAGAACCUGAUAAAAUAAUGAUCAAUAUACCACAAACAGGACCACCUAAGGUUCUGCCAAAACGACAGAGCUCCAAGGCCUGGGAAGACUUCUGUCAGGAAGGUUUGAAGAGUCCAAGGACCCUGAGAAAAGAAUACAGGGAAAGGAGCCUACAAAGUUCAGAGGAUAUACCUCCCCCUCUACCUCCCAAAGUUCGCUCACCAGCCCGGUCUCCCAUAACCACACCCGAGGCCGUCAUUAAACCAGCGGAGGUCGAAACUAAAUCUCAACCAGAGCAAAUCAAAAGUUGGAUUAAUUUCGACGAGAUGCCUGAUAUAGUACUUAAACCAGUGCGUCAGAUCAAGACAGUUCCCCCUAGGCAUCAAGCACAACUGCGACAGAAAGAUAUGCAAGAACGUAAAGAAACGCCUCAGUUCAAGCCACAAACUGAAGAGCAACGAAUACAAGAGAAAACGAGUGAAGAAGAGACUCCGACUCGCAAACUACCUCCAUCACUUCCCGAACCGUUGCAUCUCCAAGACCAAGACUCUGACAAUGGGCAGGCGCUGUCAGAGGCAUCAACUCCUGAUAAAGGCGACAACUCUGAUCACUCAUCUGACAGUGAUAAGCCAACGAGCCCCUCGUCAAGCGAAGACCUCACUACUGUCAGAGAAAGAAUAGAAGAGAUCAAGAAGGAGGGAGAUGAGUACGAGAACUCCGACCUCGAGCGGUUACUAGCGCCGGUAAACGACUGCAUCAACCGGUUAUCCUCGUUAUCAUCCGAACAGGGGCUAAUGGAGCGAAGAUCACCCAUCCCGGACAACUGGUCAGACUUCCUGCUACCUCCUCAAGUGGGCCGCAGAAGCCGGCUGUCGUCGCUAGGGUCAGACGCGGGUUCGAUGGGCGGGCGAUCUCCCUCACCGUCCUGCAUGCUGCUGGAGACCUCCUUCUGUGGCUCACAUCCCAUCGACGACCCAGCAGCUGCCGAGCCUGACGUGCCUAUCGCCAUAGCAAGAAAAUUAAGUGGGAUCUCCCUGGGCGACUUGAGUCCCUUCACAGUGAGAGAUCGUCGGGAUUCUUCAAGCCUUCUCACUUGCCCAGACAGAGCCUCCAUACUAAGCGACUCGUCUGCAGAAGGAGGAGGUGGCUCUCCCCGCGACUGCGACUACUACAGUAGUAGGCAGCCACAAGAAGCCCCGAGGACCAUCCCUGGGGCGCACCAGCUCAACCCCUUCGGCAUGGACCUCGGCGUGAGGAGUAACCGAAGCUCUGUAGUGUCACAAGACCAGAGGAAGCUUAGAGGAGAUCCAUAAAGGUAUUAGAAUCCACGAGCGACUCACACUAACACGUUCACAUACCAAGACACCUCCGGAGAGUCCAAGUUCGGCAAUGUUUCACCCUUCCUAAAGUACAUCUUCAAGUAGAUUUUAGAUAUAGUUUCAGUUUUUUCAUAAUUCUGUAUCUAUACAUUUAUAAGAAAUGUAUUUUGCAUUUUCAUAUUCUAGUGAGAAAACAAAAAAUUAGUUGUUUCAAAAAAAAAAAUCGUUUUUCUGGUGUAUAUUAUUGUACAUUAUCCCCGUCAUCUCUCACAUGUGAUAGUGUUGGUUGUUGAGACUCUCUUCAUUAUUAUUCAUUGUUAUUACGGUCACUACAUUCCAUUUUUGCCAUGUUUAUCACUCAUAUUACCCCUUGCUUGUCUUGAAUCUACUUCGAAAACUCACACACAAACACAAAAAGAGAAAUUGAAGAGCCUAUGAACAUUGCAAGAGCUGCACAGGAGCUGUACCCCAACUUGUGGAUUUUUUGAGGAAGUGUCAAGACUGAGAUGUGUGUCAAGUUUUAAGUGUCAAACGUGAAUCAAGUGUCAGUCAUCUAGAAGUCAGAGAAGGAUUGUCAGUCAUCUGGAAGUUAGGGAAGAGGUGUCAGCCGUCUGGAAGUCUUGGACAAGUGUUACAUCACACACACUCGCUUUGUCCUAAUGAU